AUGGAUAAAAUCAUAUCUCCAUACCAAGCAUCCCAUAUCUCAGGGAGGAUGAUAAGCACUAUAAUUGCACAAGAAACUAUUCAGUCAAUGAAGAAUAAAAGAGGAGAAAAGGGUUGGAUGGCACUCAAAUUAGAUAUGUCCAAAUCCUUUGAUAGGCUAGAGUGGAAUUUCUUAAUCAAGGUAAUUCAGUACUUUGGUUUCAGUAAUGAUUUAUGUGAUUUAGUUUAUCAAUGCAUAAGUACUACAUCACUCUCUGUCAUGCUCAAUGGCUCACCUUAUGCUGAGUUUCACCCUACAAGGAGUCUCAGACAAGGUGAUCCUCUUUCACCUUACUUGUUUAUUUUGGAAAUGAAGUUUUUAUAUAGACAUCUCAUCAAAGACAAUGAAGACAAAAAAAAAAUUAUUGCAAUUAAAGUAGCAGGUGAUUUCAACACUCAAUCUGGCCAAGUUCUUAACUUUGACAAGUCUUCAGUUUACUUCAAUAAGAUCACUAAGCUAGAGGUUGCUUCCACUCUUACUCAAAUUCUUGGAGUUAAAAUUAUGGAUGCUAAAAAUAAAUACUUAGGAUUACCACUCAUUCUGGGUCAUUCUAAGCAAGAAUCUUUCAGAGCUAUUAAGGAUAAUUUUAUACACAUACUUUCUGGAUGGUCUUCAAGUACUUUAACUCAAGCUGGCAGGUUUGGCAAGGAAUUGAAAAUGGUCUUAAAAUUGUACAUGAAAAUUAUUUCAUGGAGUGAGUCAAUUAUGCCAAACACUAAUGAGCGGAACAUUAGUCUUGUCAAUACCCUUUUUGAUGCCCUUACUGCUGCAAGAACUUCAAUGAUGUACCUGGACAUUACUAGUGAAGACUAUGUUAUUUGGAUGGUAGCCAAGGAUGGGAUUUUUUCUAUUAAAAGCACAUAUAAUAUGCUAGCUAACAUUCAAGUUGAUGCUCAAGUAAGUGGUGUUGUUGUUCCUUCUCAAAUAUGGAAAGCAUUAUGGAAAAGUAAUGUUGCGCACAAAACAAAACUAUUUGUUUGCAAGUGUAUUAGAGACAUUAUCCCUACAAGGAGAAAAACUGAUAUUUUCAAUGUUGAAGCUGUAACAGUCUGUGGAAGAUGUGUUAGAGUUGAGGAAACAUUGGAGCAUCUUCUUCUUGAUUGUAGACAUUCAAGAGCAUACUGGAGGCUUAUUAAUGUAGAUAUAUAUGCAUUGGAGCAUCUUCUUCUUGAUUGUAGACAUUCAAGAUCAGUCUGGAGGCUUAUUAAUGUAGAUAUAUAUGCUGUUAAAACAACUCAGUUUUAG